AUGCCCUUGAAAACCUAUGAAGUAAGCUCUUACCCAAGUAUCGUCGCAAAACCACUCACACCUGAGUCUUUUGCCAAGUAUGGUGGGGUUAUUUCGGCAGAUCAUCAGAUCAAAGCAGUGAAAAGUUCAGCUGCAAAUUACGGAACUGCAGUUAAAAUGCACAAGGUAGCACCAAUAGUGAACAAUUUUGCGAAAUCUCCGAGCGGGAAGCCGGCUACAGCAAACUGGAACAUAUUCAGGUGCUCUGCUCCGAAGCACUUGAUAAAGAGCUCGGUUUCUUCGUCUACUGAUAAGACUUACACAUCUAAGGUGUUGGAAAGGCACCCAUUUUCUACCCAAACGUUUAUUCCAAUGGGACAAAAUUUGAACAAAAUAUCUUUCUUAGUAAUUGUAGCUAAAACAGAUUACUCUACGUCUCCGGAUGAUCUCCCAGACCCCUCUCAAGUUGAGGCUUUCAUUUGUAAGGGGAACCAGUCUAUUACUUACGGAGCUGGUACUUGGCAUGCUCCAAUGGUGGUGGUCGAUGAAAACAUUCCAUACAUAGAUUUUGCCGUAUUCAUCCACGAGAACGGAGUAGAUGACGAAGAUUGCCAGGAGUGCUAUUUCAAUCCUGGCUACACCAUAGAAUACAAAGUGGACGGAGCCAGUAAGUUGUAG